UCUAGCUCUUCCAAAAACUUUUUAUUUACACCACAAUUUCAACAAAAAAGCACCAAAUGGCACCAGCAGGCAAGCGUAAGGCGCCGUCGUUCAAGGUGGCAGACAAGCGGGAAGCCAAGAAGGCGGCCAAACACGAAGAGUCCGAUGAGGAUCGGUUCGCUAUGAGUUCGGACGAAAGCUCGGAAUCUUCGGCAGAGUCUGGGCAGGAGGAAGAGGAGGAAGAGCAUGAGGACAUGUCGGCAGAGCGCGCGAGCAAACAAGAGACGCAUCCCAGCAAGGACAAGGUUUCGAAGGUGACAGGAGCGGAGCGAUCAUUGCUGUUCAAGACGAACCUGUUCAAGCUGCAGAUCGAGGAGCUGUUGCAGGAGAGCCGGGUGCAGGCGAGCAGCAAGGCGACGCGGGGACUGGACGCAGCGCUGCGGCAGUUGCGUGACGUAGUGGUAGGGCUGGAUUCGGUUCCGGAGCAGUCGGUGGAUGCGGCAGUGAACUACGUGUAUAACCAGAGCAAGCGGGUGAUGGCAGAUGGGCGCGGCAUCGACGUGCCGUUCCCGGACCCGGCGCCGCCUGUGGGCAUGGCGAUGAAGCUUGGGUUUGCGGCUCCGCAGGCAGUCCAUGUGGGAUUCAAUGUCGAUGUGGCGGUGCAGAUGCCGAGCGAGCUUUUGCAGGAGCGCGAUUAUGUGAACAUGCGGUACGUGUACAAGCGGGCAUUCUACGUGGCGGUGCUGUUGAUCGGGAUCAGGCAGUCGGCGCUGGGCGAGCUGUUUGAGGUGGGGCUGGGGCGGCUGCACGGCGAUGUGCGGCAGCCGGUGGUGGAGCUGCGGGCGAAGGCCGGAGUGAAGCAGAUGGGGAAGCUGGGGUGCGUGAUCCGCGUGAUCCCGACGUUUGGGCACGAUGCGAUGGCGCUGAAGAGACUGACGCCAGAGCGCAAUCCACGCACACCGGACGCAGCGGACGCCUCGCUGCCGGCAACGCCGCAGUAUAACGCAGUGGUGCUGGGAGAUGCGCUGCUGAUGUGCCCGGACCAGCGCAACGGCGUGGGACGCACGGUGGGAAAUGUGCCGGUGUGCGGAAGCGAGCGCGUCAGCGGGUUUUCGGGCGGGCGCGCGGGGCCGAAGCUGGCGGGUACGAUGAGCGGAUACCAGCUUUCCUUGCUGGGUCAUGACUUCAGCGAAACGCCAGUACAGUUCGGUACAGACGCUGAUCUGAGCGUGUUUGCGGAGCACUACAGCGGAGUAUUUCGGACCGCAUAUGAUCUGAACAGCAAUGGGGCAGACCGGUUCGCGGCAGUGUUCCUGAGCGCAGCAUCCUGUGACUUGGCGGGCAAGUACGACCACGUGUUCCGGGUGACUGUUGAUUUGAGCAACUGGAUGCAGGCACGGCGGCUGCGCGAGCUGGAGUGGGGCAGCCCGGCGGCGGCGGUGCAGCAUCGGCUGGCGUCGUUCCUGGGGGAGGCAAUGGCGAAGCAGGCGCGUGACGCGACCAAGGCGAUGCGCUCGCAGACGUUCUUCAUUGGCGUGGUGGCCGAUGCCAAUGAGGCAAGGCGGCUGGUGGAUCUGGGACCCAGCCCCGACUCUGACGCCGGAUGCGGCCGCGCGCGGGCGGAGCUGCGGCGGUUCCGCGACGGCUCGAUCAGGCUCGCCACGGUGUGGGGCGGGUCGGGUAUGUCGUUUGAGAAGCGCGCGCAGAUUGUGCCGCGCAUGGUCGCGUAUCUGCUGCGGCGGCACUUUGGGGUGCAGGCGGCGGGGCCCGAGAUCCUGCAGGCCGAGGACCUGGCGGUAGUGGACAAGAACCGGCCGAAGAAUGCGGUGGCGGGUGAGGCGACGCUGUUCAGCCUGUCGACGGGUCUGGGGCGGUUUAUGCAGUCGCGUGAUGACGACGAUGGAGUGGCGACGUUUGAGGCAGCAACCACAGCGUUCGAUGCGCUGCAGAAAGAACUGAAGGAGCUGGAGGAUGAGCUGCCGCUGCGGGUGCUACAGCUGCAUGCGGUGUCGCCGGGGCUGCGGUACACGUCGGUGGUGCCGCCGAAGCGCGUGGAUUCAGACGACUCGUACAUUGAGCCACAGCACGUACUGGUGGAGUUCGAGUCAUCAAGCAAGUGGCCAGACGACCUGACGGCGCUGCACAAGAUCAAGGCGGCGUUCCUGAUGCGGCUGAGCGAAUGCUACACGGGACGGCACCCGGAGGCAACGGUCCAGGUGGGAAAUCGGUUCCUGGGCUACGGCGCCUCCGACGGGCUGAUGACAGGCAUGGCGGCUUUGCAUUGCGAGCGCGAGGGGUCGGUGCUGGCGCAGAAGGCCAGCGAGAUGCGCGGAGCGAAGCUGACGGCGCGCGCCGAUGCGCUGGAGCUGGCGCACCGGCGGUGGACCCGCAAUCACGUGUGGCGGGCGGCCCACCACCGCCGCAUGCUGGAUCUGAGCCAGCGCCACCACCCGGCGCUGUCGAUGACGGUGCGGCUGCUGAAGCGCUGGCUGGCGCGCCACAUGCUGCUGGGCCAGGCGGUAGGUAUGGCCGAGGAAGUGGCCGAGCUGGUGGCCGCACGGGCCUUCACCGACGUCUCGGAUGGUCUGCAGCCGCCGGCCACGGGCAGCGCCGGCUUUGUGCGGUGUCUGCGUGUGCUGGCCACGUGGGCGUGGGGCUGCCGAUCUGCUGACCACCGCGAGAACACCGAUGAGGAUGACGAUGAGGAGCCGGCACUGAAGCCGUUGGCGCAGGGUGUGUGGGUGCCUGCGGGCAUGGGUGCCGAGGAGACGGCAGCGCUGCAGCACGAGUUCGAGGCCAAGAAGUUCCGCGCGGGCUGGCGCGUGGCGACCCAGGACGAUCCGUCCGGCUCGUGGUUCGGGCAGGGCUCGGCGGUGCUGGCCCGGCGCAUUGCUGCGCUGGCCAAGGCGUCGCUGGCGUGCGUGCGCCAGGCCUUGGCUACGGGCGACCCGGCUCAGCUGGCCAUGGCGUUCACGACGCCGCUCAGCGACUACGACUUUGUGAUCCGGCUCGACAAGGACAUGGUGAGCCGGCGCUUCGAGCAGCCGCCCAGGGAUGGCGUCAAGGAGGAGAAGGAGGAGGUGUUCAAGAACCUGAAGCCGGCGGAACCGGCGGUGCAUGUGCAUGCGAAUCCGUUCAACCAGCCGGGCAUGGUGGGGUUUGACCCGGUGGCCGAGUAUGUGCGCGACCUGGUCAAUGUGUACCACCGGUCGGCGCUGUUCUUCCAUGAUGUGUAUGGCGGCCACGUGAUUGCCGGGCUCUGGAACCCAGCGGCCGCUCAGCCCGCAGUGCUGAAUCCGCGCGCCCACGCCAACGCCAUGCCGGUCGACCGCAAGCAGGGGCUGGUCGGGCUCAACAAGGACGCAGUUAUGGCCGAGAUCAUCCGCCUGGGCGAGGGCCUGGUGGCCGACGUAGUGCUGCAGCAGGAUUAGGAUUUAUUGCAAUAUACGAAUUGUCACGU